CGCUGGACCCGCAGUCCCGCGCGAAGCCACCCCAAAGUCUCUUCUCGUCGUCUUUCGCUGCAGCAGCAACAACCUACCCAUUUACUCGUACCGUCUACCCCGGCGUAUUUUGUCCUUCUCCUCCUACUCCUUUCGCUCGUCCUCUCCUCUUGUAUCGCUCACACCCGUCAAAGUACUCGCCGCGUGUCUCUCUCGCUCUCUCUCUUUUAUUGCUCCUUCUGGCUGUAGGAGAGAGGUAUCCAGUUGAGGGAUAGCUGCUCUCGGAGAGGAGGAUAUCCACCAGCGAGCUGCUGCCGCUGAGGACAACGGAAGCCAGCCGACAGGAGACAGGGAUCUGAGGCGAGGGGCACUGCAGAGUCAUGGACAAUGUGCAAAUGUUCGGCACUAAAAUAACAGCGAUCAAGGAAUACUUAUAUAACUUUGCCCGAACGCACUCCCCCACGAGACUCAUGGGUUCGGAAAACACGUACUCGCUCUCCAAGGAGCACUGUAAUCUCAAAUACUCAGACAUCCUGCCACAGAAUGCCGAGGGCUUCCCGGCGACCCGGGAAUUCCUGAUGAAGGUCGUGGACAUACUGAUCGACUACAUCAAGAACCAGAGCGACAGGAGCUCCAAGGUCCUCGACUUUCACCACCCGGGCGACAUGAUGCGCCUCCUGGACCUCGAGAUCCCCGACACUGGGGUCUCGCUCCAGCAGCUGCUGGUCGACUGCUCGACGACCCUCAAGUACCAGGUGAAGACAGGUCACCCGCACUUCUUCAACCAGCUGUCGUGCGGCUUGGAUCUGGUCUCGAUGGCCGGCGAGUGGCUGACCGCAACCGCAAACACAAACAUGUUCACGUACGAGAUAGCCCCGGUGUUUAUCCUGAUGGAGCACGUGGUGCUGCACAAGAUGCGGGAGAUCAUUGGGUGGCCGAACGGCGUAGGUGACUCGAUUUUGGCACCCGGUGGCUCCAUCAGCAACCUAUACGCCUUCCUCGCGGCCCGCCACAAGAUGUUCCCCCAGUACAAGGAGCGCGGCCUCUCCGCCGUCGGUGGCCAACUGGUCAUGUUCACCUCGGACCAGUGCCACUACUCGGUAAAGUCGUGCGCGUCGGUGUGCGGCCUGGGCACGGACAACUGCGUGAUGGUGCCGAGCGACGAGCGCGGGCGCAUGAUACCCCAACGGCUCGAGGAGCUGAUAAUCGAGCGCAAGGCCAAGGGCCACAUACCCUUCUUCGUGAACGCGACCGCGGGCACUACGGUCAUCGGGGCCUUCGAUCCCAUCGCGGAAAUUGCCGAUAUCUGCAAAAAGUACAACUGCUGGCUCCACGUCGACGCUGCCUGGGGCGGUGGACUGCUGUUGUCGAGGAAAUACCGACACCCAAGGCUGACGGGCAUCGAGAGGGCUGAUUCGGUGACUUGGAAUCCUCACAAGCUGAUGGGCGCCCUGCUCCAAUGCUCCACCAUUCAUUUCAAGGAUGACGGUCUGCUCAUAAGUUGCAAUCAGAUGUCAGCAGAGUACUUGUUCAUGACGGACAAGCUUUAUGACGUUAAAUACGAUACGGGCGACAAAGUUAUUCAAUGCGGUCGGCACAAUGACAUUUUCAAGCUGUGGCUUCAAUGGCGCGCCAAGGGCAACGACGGCUUCGAGGAGCACAUGAAUCGACUGAUGGAACUGACGGAAUACAUGGUGCAGCGCAUCAAGCAAAUGUCCGAUAAAUUUUACCUCAUACUCGAACCGGAGCUUGUCAAUUGCUGCUUCUGGUAUUUGCCCACACGCCUGCGAAACAUGCCACACACGGCCGAGAGGGAGAAACUUUUAGGGGAGAUAUGUCCAAUUUUGAAAGGCAGAAUGAUGGAAGCUGGUACUCUGAUGGUUGGCUAUCAGCCGGACGACCGGAGACCCAAUUUCUUUAGAAACAUUAUUUCAAGCGCUGCCGUCACGGAAGCCGAUAUUGACUUUUUGUUGGCCGAAAUGGAUCGUCUCGGGCACGAUCUGUAAAUCUUACGAAAUCAAUUACACGAAACGUAGACGAGCGACUGAAGGUGCAAUCGUAACUUUUUGGAAUUUUUUUUCAUUGUUAAUUGUUACAAAAUGUCUAUCUUCUAUUUUGUUGUCGACAGAAUUUUUAGUCGAAGGUAUUGUUUUAUUUAUCAUGAAUUAGGAGUUUAUUAGAUCCUCUAUCGUAGUAGUUAAAAUUUACUGUCAAGCUUCUCAAGCUGUGAAAAAUCCUCAUAUGCAUAUCUGAGAUGACCUGAUAAUCUUUUAUGGAGCUGAUAUUUUGGUUAAAAUGUUUUGUAAUGUUUAAAUAUUACCGAGGAUUAGGUAAUUGCUUCUUCCAAAUACUACGUGUAACGAUAUACUGCUUGUGUAUACGUUAUAGAAUCAGAGUAUUUGCCUUAGUCAAUUUACAGUACAUAUAAACAAAUUGGCUUUGACUUUGAGUUUAGGGUAAAAUUACUAUAUAUAUAAAAAAAGAAAUAAAUUAACUGAAGCAAUUAACCAUUAAAUAUAAAGUUAGAGUGUAUUAAACGUUAAAAAAUAAUUGAUAUUUAUAAGAAUUAAAGAAAGUAUUGAGUAUGGAAAAAAAA